CCUUUUUUUUGUUUAUUAAACCAAUUACAGUUUACUCUAAAUAUGUAAAAUGCAAUAUAAUGCUCACAGUUGAGAUUUUGGUAAAUUAUUUCAUAUUGGAAUAAGUAAAUAUUGUUCAUUUAUAGUAGUAAUAAAAGAAAAUAUAGAGUUUAGCAAUUCUAACAUGACUUUUUAUCAGACUUCAAUACGUCUAUUAAUUCGGCAUCAAAUAAUUUUUAUCUGUAUAGGAUUCGUAAAUUUUAUGAAAUUACCGUUUAAGGUAAUUGAUGGGUUGCCUUUGAUUAAUGUAAAUAAGUAUUUGAGAGAAUUUGUAAAUCAGAAUGCUUGCUUGUAUGUAUUAUAUGUAUACUGUAAUUAUUUGUUUUAUAUUUAACAGUGAUGGCAUAAAAAAAUAUACUAAUUUGGUAAAAU